CCCUAGCUUGUCGUAGCGGGCGCAGGCCGAGCCAUGUCGGAGAUCCUGUGCCAGUGGCUCAACCACGAGUUGAAGGUGUCCCAGACCGUGAGUCCUAAAUCAUUUGCAAAGGCAUUUUCCAGUGGCUAUCUGAUUGGAGAAAUUCUGCACAAGUUCGAACUUCAGGGUGAUUUUUCAGAAUUUUCAGAAAGCAGAGUUUCAAAUGCCAAACUUAAUAAUUUUUCUCGCUUGGAGCCAACACUUCGCCUUCUGGGUGUGCAGUUUGACCAGAAUGUGGCCCACAGCAUCAUCACAGAAAAGCCUGGGGCGGCAACAAAACUUUUGUAUCAGUUGUACACCGUUCUUCAGAAAAAGAAGAAAAGUGGGCUGACCGCAGUGGAGAUGCAAACCAUGCAGCCCCCAGCAUAUGCCAGAUACCAAAGCAUGAAAAGCGAGGCUUUUCGAGAUAGACUUAGAAACCUGAUACCACGUCAAACUGAUUUCAAUCUGAUGCGGGUUACACACAGGUUUCGAGAAAAAUAUAAGCACACGAAAGAAGAUCUUAUCCACAUGAAUUUUGAGAAACUUGAAAAUUUCCAAAAACUCAAGGAAGAACAAAGAUGUUUUAAUAUGGAAAAGCAACGCUUGAGCAGAAGACGACAAAAUGAAAUAAUGGCCAAAAUCCAAGCAGCUAUCAUUCAGAUUCCUAAACCUGCAUCAAACCGUACUUUGAAAGCACUCGAGGCGCAAAAAAUGAUGAAAAAGAAAAAAGAGGCAGAGGAUGUGGCCAAUGAGAUUAAGAAGUUUGAAGCAUUAAUAAAAAAGGAUCUCCAAGCAAAAGAAAGUGCCUCCAAGCCUUCUUCAGAUACAGCAGGCCAGACAACUACUGAUUUGUUAAACACUUAUUCGGAUGAUGACUACAUUAAAAAAAUCCAAAAGCGCCUUGAGGAGGAUGCUUUUGCGCGAGAGCAAAGGGAGAAAAGACGGCGGAGGCUGUUGAGGGAACAGUUAAUAGCCCACGAAGCACAGGAGGAGGCGUACCGGGAAGAGCAGCUGAUUAACCGGCUGAUGCGGCAGUCCCAGCAGGAGCGCAGGAUCGCCGUGCAGCUCAUGCAUGUUCGGCAUGAAAAGGAAGUUCUAUGGCAAAACAGAAUUUUCAGAGAAAAGCAGUAUGAGGAAAGACGACUUAAAGAUUUCCAGGAUGCUCUUGAUCGAGAAGCGGCUUUGGCAAAACAAGCCAAGAUUGAUUUUGAGGAACAAGCCCUGAGAGAGAAAGAAAUUCAUGAACAGAUCGCUGGGGAAAGAGCUCAAGCUCGUUACAAAAAGCAUUACACAAUCUGCGCAGAAAUUUUGGAUCAAAUCCUUGACUUGUCCACUAAAGUGGCAGACUACCGAAUGUUGACAGACAAUUUGAUUCCAUAUAAGGUGAUGCAUGAUUGGAAGGAACUGUUUUUUAAUGGAAAGCCCAUAUACCAGCAAGCCUCUACUAAGCAUCUACCAGCUAAGCCCUCUGCAGAACAACUUAAAGAACUGGAGAAAAGGGACUUGCUAGACAGCAAUGACUUUGAAGAAUAUAAGAACAUGGUUGGCGAGUGGGCCUUACCAGGAGAAAUGAUGGAGAAUGUACCUCCCUCCAACAACACCAUAUUGGGUCAUGUGCUUCACAGACUAGUGGAAAAAUCUCAUCCUCCUCAAGUCAGAACAACAGUACCAGAAUUACCUUCAUUUGCUGUUAAAGGGUGCUUAUUGGGGAAAACAUUGAGUGGAAAAACUACUGCUCUAAAAGCUCUACAAAAAGACUUUCCUAUCCAGAUACUUUCUAUUGACACUCUUGUCCAAGAAGCUAUCAAAGCAUUUCAUGACAAUGAAAAAGUCAGUGAGGCACUACAAAUUGAGAAAGAUGAUAAAGAAAAGGCUCUACCACUUCAGCAUGAGAAGAGUAAAGAAAGCCAGAAUCUACAGAAUGUAUCUGCAGCUCAUCCAACUUCAAAUGAAGCAUUGCCAGAAACAGAAGAUAAAACCGUACUUAGUACUGAGACAAAUAAAACUCCAGAAACUGAAGAAGUCAAAUCAAGUGAUAGUUUCUCUGAACUCACUGUGCGUGCUCAGCUUGGUGCAAAAUCAGAAAAGUUGCUGAAGAAAGGAAAGAGCAUUUCUGACACGUUGCUAGUGAGCAUCAUGGUAAAUGCUAUUAAUAAGAUACCUGUGGAUCAAGGAUGGGUCUUGGAUGGUUUUCCAAUGACAUUAAACCAAGCAAAACUUCUGGAGGAAGCUCUCACGGGCUGCAACAGAGAGGUUAUAGAAAUGGAGGAAAAGAAAGCACAAAUAUCCACAUUGGUUAUUGAUACCACAGUCUCCAACGAAGUACCUCUUCCCCCUUCCGCCUUUGAUUUUGUCAUGUUAUUAGAUAUUUCAGACAAUUCCUCACUGGACCGCAUGAAUGACACAAUGGCUGAAGCAUUUUCAAGUGAAGCAUCUCAUGAAGACAUCGCUCAACAGGGAUCUGUUAAAAAACAGGAUAUGGACAAAGACCAGAAUUUAAGAGACCAGAUUCAGCACAGAAUUAUAGGCUUCUUGGACAACUGGCCUUUAUUGGAGCAAUGGUUUAUGGAGCCAGAAAAUAUUUUGAUAAAAAUCAAUGCUGAGGUAGAUAAAGAGUCUUUAUGCCGAAACGUAAAAGAAAUUUUUAUGACUGAAGUGAUAAAAAAAGAGAAUAAAGUUAAAAAGAAAUUAGAAGAGAAGGAAGCUGAGAAAAAAGAAGAAGUUCCCCUGGCUGAGCCUCCACCCCCUCCUCCCCCUCCUCCUGAGCCCGAAAAAGAGAAGGAAACCCAUCCUCAGCAUGAACAUUCACAAACUGCUACUGCAGCAGGGAAACCGGCAUCAGAACCCUUGCAUGAUAAGCAAGACUCUCCUCAGGAAGGAAAAGGGAAGAAAGGUGACACUUCACUCAAAAUAAAAGGUUCUCCUAAAGGAAAAUCACCAGGCGGGAAAGCAUCAGUAAAGAAGUCACCUGCUGAUUCGGUAGAGGUGCCACCUACUCCCAUAGGGCCACCACCACCUAAGCCAGGAUCAGAAGAAUGGGUCUAUGUGAAUGAGCCAAUUCCUGAGGAACUACCUUCGUUUUUAGUUCCUUACUGGGAACUAAUAGAAAAUUCCUAUAUAGACUCCAUCAAAACCGUGCUCAGGCACCUGCGAGAAGAGCAGCACGUUGUGCUUAAUUACUUGUAUGAGCUUAGAACAAAUUUCCAGCACUUUCUAAGACGUCCGGAUCACAAGCAAAAUUUUGUAUCUCAAUGGCAGACUGAUUUCAACAGUCUUCCUGAUGACCUGUGGGAUGACGAGGAAACAAAGGCUGAGCUACACCAAAGAGUAAAUGAUUUACGAGACCGCCUGUGGGACAUCUGUGAAGCUCGGAAGGAGGAGGCAGAGCAGGAGUGUCAGGAUAUCAUUAACGAGAGCUGGCUGCAGGACUCCACUGGAAUAACGAUGAACCAUUUUGUCUCACUGAUGCAGGCAGAACUGAACCGUUUUGAAGAUACAAAGAGAUUCCUUCAAGAUUAUUACAGGGGAAUGGAAGGCAAAAUCCCAAUUGAUGACAAUAAGAGAUUUACUCGAGUCCCAUUGGUCCAACUGGAUAGUAGAGAGGCUUUGGACACCCAACAUAGAAUUCCUUUAAUUCCUCGCAUAUCCAUUUCCCCGGAUUCAGCUAUGUCCAAACCAAAAACAAAAGCUAUACCAAAAGACAAGAUCGAUUACUCGCUGGAAAAUGUCGAGUUGAACUUUGAGGCAGAUGAGAAGCUGCUAAUGGACGCCUGGCAGCAAGCUUCUUUAGUGAUAUCUCAGAUGGUGGCUGCUGAAAUCCAUCAGAGGCUCAUGGAAGAAGAAAAGGAAAACCAGCCAGCAGAUACAAAAGAAAGAUCUCCUCAGAUGGGUACAAAUAAAAAAGUCAAAGAGGAACCGCCCAAGAAAAAAAAGGCAGACAACAAAGCGAAAGGUAAAUCACUGCCAACGGCAGAAGCCACAACCGUGAUGGCAUCCCCGGAGCAAAUUGCCGAAAUGAAAAGGAAAAAUGAACUGAUGCUCAAAAUCAAGGAAGAACACCUUGCUGCCCUGCAAUUUGAAGAGACAGCUGCACAGUUCCGACUUGAACUGAUAAAGACAAAAGCAUUGGCUUUCCUUGAAGAUUUAUUAGCAAAGGUGGUUGAUGUAUAUAGACUCAUGGAAAAGUGGCUUGGUGAGAGGUACUUGAAUGAAAUGGCCAGUGUGGAAAAAUUAACUGAGGUAGCUCGCUAUCACAUUGAAACAUCAACAAAAAUUCAGAGAGAACUUUAUUUAGACCAAGAAGAUUUCUUUAUUAAUGGUGACGUAAAGGUCUUUCCAGAUCCCCCUCCUCCAGUACGUCCUCCACCUGUAGAAAAGGAAGCAAAUGGCACUCUGACCAUCGAACAGCUCGACAACCUCCGAGAUCAGUUCUUAGUUAUAGCACCUAAAGGCAUAAUAGGACAUAAAACAUUUACUGACAUUCUGCUGGAUUUGGUAACCCUGAACCUUGGAACAAACAACUUUCCUACUAGUUGGAUGCACCUCACUCAAACUGAAUUGCAGGAGUUGACAUCCUUACUAAUAAUGAACUCAGAGUUUGUGGACUGGCGGAAAUUCCUAUUAGUAAUCUCGAUGCCUUGGCCCAUCCCCCUGGAGGAAGAGCUCCUCGCGACCCUGGAGAGGUUCAAGGCUGUGGAUGAAGAGCAGCUGGGCACCAUAACUUUCGAGCAGUAUAUGCAGGCUGGUCUGUGGUUUACAAGAGAUAAAGAUCUAAAAAUUCCAGAAAAUCCCCUUGAACCUAUGCCAUUCAACAGACAGGAGCAUCUUAUAGAGUUUUUCUUUAGGCUAUUUGCUGACUAUGAGAAGGAUCCACCUCAACUUGACUACACACAGAUGCUACUUUAUUUUGCUUGUCAUCCAGAUGCUGUGGAAGGUGUCUACAGGGCCCUCAGUGUGGCCAUUGGGACUCAUGUCUUCCAACCAAUCAAAACUCCUACUGUUAUUGUAGAAAAGACCUCCUCCUUUACUGAUAUGAGUCCAAUUGAGGAAUAUCCUGAACUUGAGGGAAACUUUAUGAGUGAGGAAAGAGAAGUAAGAGAAGAAAAAGAGAAGGAAGAAGAAAUCCCUGAGAACGCAAACACUGAGGAGAUUUCUAUGGAAAGACUACUCAAAGUGUUCCGAGGGGGCACAGAAGUACAGGAUGCUAACAGAUUUACCAGCCACCUUCAGAUAGAGAAUGCUGAUUCAGAGAACUUCGUGAAAGUAUUUCAAGACCUAGGUGCCAAGAAUCUGGAGCCAGUCAGAGCUGCUGUUCUUUUGAAGCACCCUUUUAUUCAAGACCUGAUUUCAAGUUAUUCAGACUAUAAACUCCCUGAUAUUAAAAUAAUUCUCCAAAGGAGUGAGCCUGUACAGGGAAGUGAUGGAGAGAGGUCUCUUUCAAGACUUAUAGAGGAAAAGAGAUGAAGACAAGAGUGGACGUUUAUAAUUUGGCAAUGAAUCUUCCAAACAUCAAUGUAAACAUGUUGUAAUAUAUGUUGUCAUUGUAAGUAUAGGAAUGACUUAGACCUGGCUAUGAGAGGCAAUGAAAAGGGGGCUUUCCCUAACUUGGAGAAUAUUCUAUAAUAAACCUUAAAUACAGAGCAAAAUCCAAAGUAA